AUGGACAUCUACGACCAGUCAAAUCUCGCAGAAUUCUGCAAUUGUUCCCUUGUGAGCAAAUUUUGGCUACAUGCAGCCCGAGCGCAUCUAUGGAGACACGUGCGACUCGGAGGUGGACGAAGGGGGAAUAGAUUCGUCGAUUUAUUGCAACGUUACACCUUAGGGCGUGGGUCCACACUACCAAGUUUUGCCCCGUACGUCAAAGACCUCUUCAUUCGCGAAUCGCGAGGAGGUUUGUCAUGGGACCCGAAAUGGCUUAACGCAGCCUUGCCUACCCUAGCCGGGUCGCUCCUCAAUAUCCACUCUCUCGAAGCUGAGCGCAUCACCUGGGAGUACCUGUCGUCCAAGUCUCGAGACGCGUUCAUCAAGGGAUUCAAGGGUGUACGGAAGCUUGCACUGCGGGUGUGCGAUUUCAGGACGACGCUGGAUAUGAUCAGAUUUAUUGGAGAAUUUGAAGAUGUAGAAGCGCUCGCGCUGGACGGGGUGCGCUGCGAGUGGGACAAUAUACCUGCGGAGUUGCUUGGAUCUAGAGCAGGUGAUAGAGGUGUUCCUAAGCCACCAAGAAGACUAAGGGAGCUCGCGAUGCGGGGAGCACGUACCCGGCAGGUAUUGGAGUGGAUACGGGCGGUGAUGAAGCACGUUGGAGGGCCUGUAACAGUGGAAGUGUUGAGGCUCGGCGCGUUGGGUGUCAAGAGUGCCCCGGCCGCAGGGAAAUUCUUGAAGGCGCUGGGCACAAGUUUGAAAGAGCUUCAUCUCGGGUUUGAUGCUGCAUUCAUAGACGAAGGAGACGAGAUUGUAUCCCACAUCGACCUCAGCCACAACAUCGGUUUGAGAGAGAUGCAUGUGUAUGGACUCGUUAUUCCUUCCUUGCCACCUCCAGAUCCAUCGGACCUCGAUCCUCCCCCUCCACCGCCGCAGUUGAUGCCGCUCACUGCCCUCCUCGAUCGUGUGCGCGCACCAUUGCGAGCUCUCUCGCUCGCAUUGCACCCUGCUGAUCUGUACGCACUUUCAUCGAUGGACUUUGCAGGGCUGGCUCACGUAUUCGACGGCGACUCGUGGACAAGUCUCGAGGAUAUACAAGUCGUGGUAGCGAAUGAAGACGAUGGAAUGAUGGGCGGGAUUGUCAAUCAGAGACUGGAAGGACUAUUCGAGAGGGGCGUGCUAAGGGUUAAUGUAGGUUUUGAUGACAGGGAAGUCGUAUUGAUUUGA